UUUUUUAUUCACUCUUUCUUUGACCCUAAUCAUUAGCAUUUAUUCAAUUACACCUUCUUCUCCUCACCUCUCUCUCUCUUCACUCUACAGUGUAAAAGCUGAGAAGAAGAGACUAAUCUACAUUUCUAAAUGACAGAUAACAAAUUCAUGAAGGGUCUAGCAGUGCUAGUUUUGUUAUUGGGAUUAAGUCACAGUAUAGAACAUACUGAAGCUCAAUUUGACGGACAAUGCAAUUUCAACAAGCCUCUGAAACCCAGACCUCACAGUGCAUCAGUGUUGGACUUUGGUGCUGUGGGUGAUGGAGAGACUCUAAAUACUGUGGCCUUCCAGAAUGCCAUUUUCUAUCUUAAGUCCUUCGCUGACAAAGGUGGGGCCCAGCUCUAUGUUCCAGCUGGCAAGUGGCUGACUGGAAGCAUAAAGCUUACCAGUCACCUUACUCUCUUCCUCGAAAAAGAAGCCGUUAUUUUGGGAUCACAGGAUUAUGCUCAUUGGGAUAUAGUUGAAGCCUUACCUUCCUAUGGACGAGGUAUUGAGGCACCAGAUGGAAGAUAUCGCAGCUUGAUUUCUGGAAAUAAUUUAACUGAUGUUGUGAUAACAGGUAAUAAUGGAACGCUUGACGGCCAGGGUUCUGUAUGGUGGGAGCAAUUCAGUGCCCAUUCUUUAAAUUAUACUCGACCACACCUAGUAGAAUUUGUUCGCUCCAAAGAUGUUGUCGUUUCAAACUUGACUUUCCUGAAUGCUCCGGCCUGGAAUAUUCGCCCGGUAUAUUGCAGUAAUGUUGUGGUUCAGAAUAUAACAGUUCAUUCUCCAGCUAACUCCCCAUAUACCUAUGGGGUAGUCCCAGAUUCUUCGGAGCAUGUGUGCAUUGAGAACAGCAACAUUAGCAUGGGUCACGACGCUGUUGUUCUCAAAAGCGGUUGGGAUGAGUACGGGAUUUCCUAUGGGAAACCUACCUCGAAUGUCCAUGUCCGAGGGGUUAGGCUUCAGUCUUUUGCAGGUGCUGGUGUGGCUUUGGGUAGUGAGAUGUCUGGCGGUAUCUCUAAUGUGCUAGUAGAGCAUGUUGACUUGCAUGAUUCCCUUUUUGGGAUUGAGCUGAAGACGGCGAGAGGAAGGGGUGGUUAUAUCAAAGAUAUUAUCGUUAUGGAUGUGGUUAUGAAAAAUGUGCAAGUGGGAAUUGAGGCCACCGGUCAAUGUGAUUCUCAUCCGGACGAGAAAUUCAAUUCUUCUGCACUUCCCGUUGUUAGUGGUAUCACUUUUAAGGACAUUGUUGGCACAAAUGUUUCCACAGCAGGCAAAUUCAUUGGAUUAUCUGAAUCUCCAUUUACUUCAAUAUGUCUAUCAAAUGUCACCUUUUCCAUUUCUUCCAACCCUUCUACACCAUGGCUAUGCUCUGAUGUAUCCGGUUCGUCUCGAAAUGUGUCUCCUGAACCAUGUCCCGAGCUCGAGAGCUCAUUUUCUAGUACUACCUCAACUUGCUUCGCCCUCUUACGCCACCCUUCCAAUCAAGUUGCGGUUUCGUGAGUGAAACAAUUCAUUUUAUUGAACCUAUACAAUGGUGUACAAUUCUCCAAUAAUAUGCAAUUCAGGAUCUUCAGUCUCGUGCUUUUGCAAGUUGACAUCAAAACUCUGGUGAGAUAAAAAAUUUCAAAGUGGCCUGAGAUUGCUGAUUGUCGCCUGUGUACAGCGUCAGUUUCUUCAUUCACAUAUAAGAAAAGUUUUGAUAGUGCAGCAAAUUCAGAUGAGUUGUUUUAUUUCUGUUAUUUGUUCAUUCGUGUUUUUAGUCAUUUGUCUUACAGUUGUAAAAUAGGCAGCAAAGGAGGGGUGUUACAGUUGAUUUGUCAUUGUUGAAAUAAUAACCAUUUUUUUUUUUUGGGUCAUUUGAUUGAAUUGAAAGGAGUUGUUAGUCCACAAAGUCUUGAGCUGAAGGUAUCAGCAAUUUUUUAAGAUUGUAUCAUGUUACCUCUACUUGCAGACCCUGCUUGUUGAGGUGACUCAAUGUUGUCAUGUAUGCAUUAGGAAGGCAUUAUGGCAAGAUUUGUAAUGGAGACAAGCUUUUUUUAA